CUAAUCGCGGCCCGGGCGUGGGAUUGGUUGAAGGGGCGCCGUCCCACUUCAGGUAGUACCCAGAGCCUGGCAGGCCAUGUGGGGAUGCGCGGAGGGGUGGAGUGGACAGGGCGCAUGCGGAGUACUGGGGCAGCCUAGAUUCCAUGCUACAACGGCGCUUGGGCCGCCAGGAAUCGACACGGCCGGGCCGCACGGUGUCCGGGCGCCCGGCCACCCCACACGCGCAGGGCUCACGGACGGGCCCAGCGUCCGCGCGGCGGCUGCAAAAAUGCCCAGCCCUAGUUCUUUCGGACAUGUGUCCAUAUAGGCGUGCUAGGAGCUCCCUGGCAGUGCACGGGGGCCAUACCUUGCGCCUGGGUGGGCAUGUGGAGAUGUUUGCCGGGUCCGCAUUUCGUUAGGAUUCGGGCUACCCCCACUUCAAGGCAGCUUUUGUGAGGUCACUUGGGACCAACUAUAUGAUGAUAGGCAAAUGGAGGAACCGACGCCACGAAACUGGCGACUUUUAGAAAUAGAAAUAGAAAUAGAGACACCCUGCCGUAGGCAAGUGGUGUGAAUUAAGGGAGUGGGGGGAGAUGAGGAGGUGGGCCAGGCCCGCCUCCUGUACGCCCCCACUACCGAGCAUGUGAAGGCGGGCGUGCAGGCCAGGCCUGCAUCCCGCCAGGAUGUUACGUCCCGCCCGGGUCGCCAGGUGGCAGUCCCCGUUCGAGACGCCGUCUGGUCAAGACAAUGUGGUUGAGGGUGGCGACUGCGUGGUCGUGUAGGGUGUCGCAGCACUGCCUGGCUUUGUGGGAAGUGACGCCCAGGGAGGUGAGGAGGGGAUGGAGGUCCUUGCGGAUUGUGCCUGCAAAUCCGAGGCUGAUUGCGCUCUGCGGGGUGUAUUGCACUUUCCAUCCCGCUUCCCGCAGGUCGGCUGCAAGUGCCUGGUGCUGUUGUGCUUUUUCGUGUUGCUUGGCGGCGUGGUUCGUGUCGGCGGUGUAUCCUGCUUCGAUGAUGUGGAUGGUGUCGCGUUCGCUGGGAAACACGACAAAGUCUGGGUUUAGGGCUGCGGCGAGGGAGAUGGAAGGGAUUAGUAGGAUGUCGGGGCGGUAAUGUAGGUGGCGUCCUGCUGGUUUGCCCUCCUGGUCGGGGAGCAGCCACGGCGGCAGGCGGUUGUCAGCCGCGUAGUCUGGCAGAUCGGCUUUAGACGUGGCGUCCAUUACCAUGUAGCAGCCGCCGCAGUCACCACGGGAGAUGGCUCGUGCGAUGGUCUGGACUGCAAUGUUGUGUCGUUUUAUGUACAUUGCACGGAGUUGGGGGUUGUGGCAGCCUCCCAGUAUAUGGCCACCGGAGUCGGGUCCGCGACAGAGUGGGCAUGGGGCGGGGGUAUCGGGGCCAGCGCGGGGGGCUCGGCGGCCUGUGACUGUGCGGCCGAAACGGGCCGCGAGUUUAUUGUUCCACAGCUGCCCGUACAGAUAGUCCAUGCAGCGUUUGGCCUUGCGGUGCCGGCCUGAUUGCAGGUUCAUGGUUCGGGUGCUGGAUUUGAUAUCCAGGUCUGGGAUGGCGUUGGCAACGAAGCCAGUGUAGAGGGUUUCGCGGGUGUGGCCUUGAGCGAUGUGCGGGGCCGCGAGCGUGGCGAUGCCGCGGUUGAGGUCAUGCGCGUAGUGCCCUUCGUUCUUCUCUCGUGGCACCCCUUCCACAGUCGGUUUCAUAGUUUUACGUAUCCAGUAGUAUUGGCUACGCGGGUCGUUAUCGGAUUCCUCGACCAGCCACUCGGCCCCGGGCAUCUGUUCUCCCUUGGCGGUUUUCACCGCCGCCUGAUCUGCGAGUUCAUUGUGCGCAAUCCCUGAAUGUGCUUUGACCUUGAGGAGAUUAGUCCGGCGGCCGGCGUGGGAGCGGCGUUUCAGGAGCGCGAGGAUGUUAUCCAGCAGCGCUUUGUGUUUGCUGAAGGUGAGGAGUUGGGGCUGGUUGAUUGUUUUGCGGAUGAGGAACAGCGACGCAGCGGAGUCAGUGUAUACUGUGACUUCGGGGAGCGCUUGCACUUCGUCUAGCUUGAGCACUUGGUGUAUGGCCGAGAGCUCGCAGCGUGUGAUGGUGUUACAGCCGUGUUGCCCAGGGUUGACGUCGAUUUGAUAGCAGCGCAGCGUGCGGGCAUCAAUCGCUGCGGCCCCCCACGCGCUGGGCUGACCGAGGGCGUCCUUCUGCACUGAGCCAUCGGUGUAGAAGCCUUCAUAGGGAUUGAGGCGGAGGGGCUGGGUGGCCGCGAAGGGGGCCAGGGUGGCUGGCGUGGCCGGUACGGGAGGGGGUGUUACCCGGGGUGCCGCCGGACGGGUGCGGGUCAUCCGGCGAACUUGCUUGGUUACCCAUCGCGUGUGGGCCCACGUGAGUUGGGGCUGCGGGUCGACGGGCAUGCCCGAGAGGUAUAGGGAUGUGCCUAGGGCGUCGCGUAUGGGCUGGGCGAGUUGGGCUCCGGGUGUAUUGCUGACUAGCACUAGGUCGUGUUUUAGGGUGAUGCCUGUGUCGUUGUGGAUCUGGCCGAGAAGGGCGUGUGUUGUUGUGGCGGAGAUGCUGCCAAGGAGUGUAACUCUGGGGUGGGCGAGGUAUCGUGUGUAUGGCGCGUUGCGUUGGGUGGGGAGGAUGAGCAGCGUGGCAGUGGUUGGCGGGUUGCGGGUGUUUGUAAGGGUUUCGGUGUGUUCGGCCCAUGCUAGUGCCCAACGGACUGCGUGAGCUCCGUCUUCGGUGUUGGGUUCGGGGCAGGCGACAGCAACUCCAUCCCACGGCUGUGAGUACGCAUCAUAGUUGGCCCCAAAGAGCAUGUCUUCUUCGUACAGUGUGUAGUAGGUGGUGGCGGCGUCCGAGACGUUGAGGGGUGAUGCGAAGAGCUCCGUUGUGCUGCCUAUUGCUGUGUGCAGGGUUUGCGUCAGCCCUUCACACAGCAUGCGUUCGCCUUUUUCAGUAACAGGGUGGGAUUUGGAGCCGCCCCCGGGUUUGUAUCGGAGGAGCAGGCGGGCGAUGGCGGCCGCAAAGCCUCUGCCCUGAUCGUGCUUGGCGUGCACUUCGGGCCAGGUUGUUUGUGCAUGCUGGUAGCGUUGCCACAGGAGGCUGAGCCGCUCUGCGCUGAUGGUGCCUAUGCACCGUCCGCGGGGGUCGUAGACAUGCGCCAGGUGGGUGCCGCAUGCCGGGGAGCCGGGGUCGAGGACUGUACCGAGCUGGACGGUGUAUGCUUGCGUGGGGUGGAUGUCUCGGCUAGGGUUGCAGGGCUCAACGUUGAUAUCUACGUAGUGG